CGAGCCUUGAGCGAGGGAGCACGCGUCUCGCUCGCUUCGAAAACGUUCGUUACGGACAAGAAUAAAGUUUUGUGACUGAAAAAUAAAGUUCAGUUUCGGAGUUCGCAAUCAAACUGGGAAGAGUUUGUUUGAAAUUCGCAUUUGGAAGUUCGCGUAAAUAAAGGUUCCAAGGCUUCGUUGGAACGCUGUUGUAUAGCCAUAUAAUGGACUAUACAGUCUUUGUUAUUGUCUUCGUAGUGUGCAUCAAUCAAGGCGAUGGACAUUGGAAAGAAAGAGACAAAGAAAAGCUUCGGCAUGAUAUUGAAAUGUACAAAACGAUGGCAGAAAAAAUUGAGCGCGAGAUAGAAAGCUUUUACGAUGAAUAUCCAGAGGAACGAUACAAGGGGGAUAAUGUUGAUAGAAUACACUACAAACAUGUAACAAAUAUACUGGAUCGUAAAAAAGAAACGGGGAAUGAUGAACAUAGCGAUAAAAUAGAAAAGAAUUUUUUGUAUGCCAACUCUAGCCAUAUUACAAAAGACGUGCCCUCUAAACAUUCCAUCAAUGUACAUAACCCUGUUAAAUAUGAAGCUUUAAACAAUAAUAAACUUAAGUCUAGUUCUAUAAAUCCACAAUGGCCUAAAUUUGAUGAUAUACUCUUAGCUAUGGGCAGAAAAUACGACUGGAAGAACGACAGAUGGAUAAAAGUAAAAGGAAAAUUAAAGUUGGACCCCAAGGAAGAUAUCAUGAAUACAAGAGGAGAUAAUAAUAGCAUUGAAUACCAUGAAAAACACAAGUUCAGCUAUAGAAUCGUGAAACUAAAAAGUAAGAGCAGAAGAAACGUCGUGGUCGCAGUAUCGGCUGUGAGAUAGUGCGUAAUGAAACAGUAAAAUAAGCCAAAGAACUGUAAAGGGACAUAUUUUUUGUAGAUAAAAACGGGACCAACAAGGGUGGCGCCGCCGAUUCGAUCGUUUCAUGAAGACAUCUAGGCUAGAACGUUGCGUCGAUGUGUAAGCCACGAGUAAUGACUGCAGCUGAGUGAACAUUUAAUUGUGUUAAUAAUAUAAAGGCGCUUCAUUGUUUCCUCAUACGCCCGA